AUGAAUUCACACUCCUCUCCCCCUGCUGUCACUUGUCACCCGCUGCACACUCCCCAGCUGCCCCGCAGGACCAUAGAGCAGGACAGGGAAUUCAUUAAGAAAAAGGGGUUGGAGGGGAUGUUGGAUGCUAAAGCCAUCAGGAAGCGAUGGGAGAAUUUGGUGCAGAAAUACAAGGACAAUGAGAAGCAGGCUGAUGAGGUGAUACAGGAGAUGCAGAGAGAGCAGCGAGAGCGAGAGGAGAAAAGAGAGAGAGAGGCUGCAGAACGCGAGGAGAGGAGGCACCAAGAGGCUGUGGAGAGGGAAGAGAGGCGUCACCGUCAGACUGUAGAGAGGGAGGAGAGGUUUUUCAGGGAGAUGAGGGAGAGGGAGGACAGGAGGGAUAGGGAGAUGGCUGCCAGGGAGAGAGAGGCGUCUGCUAGGGAGGAGCGCCUCCUGGCAAUUUUAGAUGUUAUAUCCAAAAAAAUUUAG